AUGCCCAAAACAACCUUCAAUAUCCUGCAAAUAUCAACGUUACUCGUCACAAUAUUCAAAACAACCACGGCAACCCCAAAAUGCUACCUAACAAGCGGUAAAGAAGCAGACUCAAGCUUCCAACCCUGUUUCCCCUCCCAAGAAAACAGCCCCUGCUGCUCCCUCGCAAAGAGCAACGAAACCCCAAACGAUAUCUGUCUCUCUGGUGGAGUAUGCUACAUCCAAGAUCCAAAUUUCCGCGGUCUGUUACGCCAAGGUGCUUGUACGGACUCGACGUGGAAGAGUGGACAGUGUCCUGGUCUUGCGAAUGAUGUCUCCGACGCAACCCUCUACGUAAUCCCCUGCCCGAUCCAAGGCCGCGGUUUCUGGUGCGGAAGCGUCAAUGGCUCUGAUUGCUGUGACAAUGCGGUGAGAUUGGAUAUGGGACAGAUGAUCAAUGUGACUGUUACGUCUAUUUCGGAUUCCGUUUCGUCGUCCGUUUCGGGGUCGGAUACUGUGUCUGCUGGGUCGGUGUCGACUGCGUCCGUUUCGUCGGCUACUACUUCCACUGCUAAUUCGGCGUCAAAUUCUUCCCUCAAUGCAAGUGCCAAAAAUGAUGAUACUGCUGGCGCUCAUUCGGCUGAUGACACAUGUCCCUCUGGUUCAACAUGUCCGGCAUCACAUACAGUUGCGAUAAGUGCGGGACUAGGUGGUGGACUAGGCGCAUGUCUCCUUGUGGCGAUCUUGACAAUUGUCUUUCAGAGGCGAAUGUAUAGGAGGAAUUUGAGGCAGAAGGAGGCUAUGAUUGAUGAGAUUGCCAAGGCUAGCGAGCAGCAGCAUCUUGUUUAUCCUGUUUACUCUGAGAGGGAGAAGGUGUUUCCUGCUGAGUUGGGUCCUCGCGCUACGAGGGUUCAUGAAGUCGAUGGAAAUCGAUUGAAUGAGAUAUGA